AUGUGGUUUUCUAAAGCCUGGGCAUGUACAGUUGUCGAGGAUGCAUCAACCGUUAUUCCACCUCCAAGAAUCAUUGCUGCCAAUGAACGAUGUGACAAUCAAAGCUAUACGAUAUGUGCCUCUGGAACAAGGUGUUUCCGGCGAACUCCUAGUGAGUCCGAAUGUCAUUCUCAGUGUCAAACUGGAUGGACAUGUGAUACAGGAGUUGCUCAGGAGUUCGAGCAAUGUGGAGGUGAAGGGUAUGUUGGUGUGACUCUUUGUGCACCUGGUCUUCGUUGUUACACUCGUAGCAAAUGAUUUAUCAAAUCUCAACAAAUGAAAAAUGUUUUGAAAGUAGCACAAAUGAUUCCAAAUGAUAAAGAUUCAUCAACAACAUCAAAUACAGACAAAGAUAAAAAAGUUAAUCGUACACAAUUAGGUACUUUUGGAAAUUGUUCGAAUUAA